AUGGAUUUGGUCAACCACCUAGAAGGCCGGCUGCUCUUCGCCGUGCCCAAGAAGGGCCGGCUGCAACAGGCGACGCUUAACCUGCUCGAGGGCGCCGACAUCCAGUUCCGGCGGGAGAACCGGCUCGACAUCGCCCUCGUCAAGAACCUGCCCAUUGCGCUAAUCUUCCUCCCCGCGGCGGACAUCCCCACCUUCAUCGGCGAGGGCCAGGUCGACCUGGGCAUCACGGGCUACGACCAGGUGCAGGAGUACGAGGCCAGCUACAGGAGCUCCACGAGGGCCCGGCGCAUGUCGGGCGAGGUCACCCCGGCCGACGGCAAGCCCCGCGGCUGCGAGACCGUCAUGGACCUCGGCUUCGGCGCCUGCAGGCUGCAGGUCCAGGUCCCCGUCAAGGGCGGCUACGCCCACGGCAGGGACCUGAUCGGGAAGAACAUCGGCACCAGCUUCGUCCACCUCGCCCAGGAGUACUUCACCCGCCUCGAGCUGGAGCAGGACGGCGAGCCCGCCAACGGCGACUCGUGGGACCCCUCGCGCAAGCUCAAGACCAAGAUCAUCGAGCUGAGCGGCAGCGUCGAGGCGGCGUGCGCCCUGGGCGUCGCAGACGGCAUUGUGGAUCUUGUUGAAUCCGGCGAGACGAUGAAGGCGGCAGGCCUCAAGCCAAUAGACACGGUGGUCGAGUCCUCCUCGAUCCUGAUCAAGUCAAAAGCACCAUCACAACCGGAGCUGGUCGAGCUGAUCGCCUCGCGCAUCCGCGGCGUCAUCACUGCCCAGAGGUACGUGCUCUGCCAGUACAACAUCCCCCGCAGCCACCUCAGCAAGGCCUCCUCCGUCACGCCCGGCAAGCGCGCGCCCACGAUAACGCAGCUCGAGGAGGAGGGCUGGGUCGCCGUCAGCGCCAUGGUCGAGAAGAAGAAGAUCGCCCCGACGAUGGACGAGCUCGCUAAGGUCGGGGCUACGGACAUUCUGGUCCUGGACAUCCACAACUCUCGGUCCGACUGA